CGCUCUGCCUUCGAUUCUUCGCGAAUAACUUAAAUAGAAAAAAUGGCUGCACUCAUUUGCGUUUCCGGACUCGGCCUGAACCGGCCAUCUGAAAUCGCGUCACAGCGUUCGAAUAUCCUCGCCAGACAAGGCUUUCUUUCCCGUGGUGGAGCCCGAACUAGAACCUACCGUGCCGUUCUUCCGACGACGGUCGCUGAGUCAAAAACUUUCGAUGACGAUUGGCUCAAAGCCGAAAGCACUGUCCACCUUCUCACUCUUUUCGGCUGGACUGUUCCUUCCGGGGUGGCCAUCAAAGCUUACGGUGACACUUCACUUCUAGCGGCUUUCGCCGACUCUAUUGGAAACAAUUUGGCCAACUUCCCUCAGGGUCCAGCCAUCGAUGACAAGUUCUGGCUUUACCUUAUUACUUGGCAUAUUGGUCUCUUCUCCACUAUGCUACUUGGCCAGAUAGGCUGGCAAGGACGUAAACAAGGUUACUUCAAGUGAGUUCUUACACGUGUUUUCGUGCUAUGAAGUUUGAUGUAGCUUCAAGUGGGUAUCGAAGAAAAAAAAAAAACAUCACAGGAAGGAAGAAAAUGAAAUAGAAGUUCAUUUGUUGACCUAACCACUGAAAACGUCGAAAAUUGUC